AGUGUACGAUAGAGUGACAUCCCCUCACUUGCAUCACAAUAAUAAUACAAAUACAAAUACAAAUUCAAAUUCAAUAAAAAAAAUUAAAUAAAAUUAAAAAUAAAAUAAAAAUCAUAGUAGCUGCUGCAUCACAGAUCGAAAAAUCGAAUCUAGCCCCAAACCGGAAAGAUGGCAUCCCACACAAUUCCACCGUCGCCGUCCGUUUUCCCGCCAAAACCCCACGGCGGCGCAAGCAGGCCUCCUCUUUCCCUUCGGCCAUGGUGGACCCCAACUACUCCCUCCGCCUCCACAACUCUCCAAUGUCACAAGAUUAUGCGCGCCCUAGGGUUCGGGGAAGCCUCGCCGGAAGCUAAAGCAGCAAAACACCUUCACGACUUCUUCACCUACGUCGCCGUUAGAAUUGUGAUUGCGCAGCUUGAGAGCUAUAACGAAGAGGCGUAUGCAGAUAUGAUGAAAUUCAUGGAAAAUCACUCGGUCGACGACGGGGACAAGUUUUGUGCUGAUUUGAUGCGGGAAUCGUCAAAUCACAAAGCUCUAGCUUUGCGCAUAUUAGAGGUUCGAUCUGCGUAUUGCAAAACUGAUUUCGAAUGGGACAAUUUACAACGAUUGUCACAAAAGAUGGUGGAAGAUCGUAAUACAAAAGUGAUGAGGGACUAUUUAUCGGAGACGACAAUGAAAAGUGAGAACUAAGGGAGAUCCCAUUGGACACAAUGUUUGUAUAUUUUAUGUGUUUGUUUCUCUGUGAUGUGCUUCAAUGUGUGAAUGGGAACCAAUUAGGCUGCUGCUUAGUCAAUUCUAUUCGGAUUAUGGAAUACAGAUUUAAUAGUUGAAAACAUGAAAAUAUUAAGUUCUACAA